ACCCCAGGCAGGCAAAAACAUGAAUGAAGCAGGUAGAGAAGGGGGCGGGGCCAGUCUAACCCACAUCCUCUCCAAACACUCAGAGCUGAUGUCUUGUUUAUUGAGGGAGAGACAGCUGUGUGAGUUAGUGAGUUAUUGAGGGAGUUGGAGAGUAAAUGAAGCUGAAGUUUCAGUAGCUUCCACAGGAAACUAAAGAGGGGAUUUCUUUAUUUCAAUUCAAGUAUUUCACUCUUCACCAGCGAAGUCGUCUUAUCAGUGGAGAUACGGAGAGCUACAGUGUUUCAUCAGCAUGAAGCUCCUCAACACCAGCGUGGUUAUGCUCAUGAUAUGGAUCCUGCAGUUCAUCCCAGCUGUUGAAUCUGCUGGGGGUCUUGCCUGGGCUUCAGACGGCAGCAGAAACAGAACGAGGCGAGACGUUACCUGUGGAGACCAGAAGUAUCUACACUCGGGCAUCUGCUGUCUUAACUGCCCAGCUGGAACAUAUGUCAAGCAGCAUUGUACGAGUGAUUCUCAGAGAGGAGUGUGUGAAACGUGCGACUUUGGCCUGUACACAGAACAUGAAAACGGACUGUCAGAGUGUUUGCACUGCACCAAGUGUCGAUCAGAUCAGGACCUUGUCAAGCAGUGUAGCAGCAGCCAGAACAGCCGGUGCCAGUGUAAGAAGGGGUAUUUCUGUCUGCCUGAUCAAGCCUGCGAGAUCUGCAAGACAUGCGCCAAGUGUGGUGAAGGUGAAGAGGUAGCGAAGAGCUGCACAGCCACGUCUAACACCGUCUGCAGAAAACAAGCCUCCAGUCGGCCGUCCACAGCUGCGAUCGUAUGUGCUGUGCUGGGACCUGCCCUGGGUUUGAUUUUGCUCGUGGUCAUUGUGUACUGGAAGGGACCCAAAUGUAGUAAAAAAGCAGUGACUAUGUUCUGUCCAAGAGGAGCAGAGAAGAAGGAAGUCAGUGGGUACUCGGUGGAGAAUGGACAGAAUGACCUGAACGUUGUUCUGGAGGGCGGUGAACAGAACCAGCAGCUGAUCAUCCAGAGCGCCAGUCAGCCGGUGGGUGCUUGGACCCCUGUGUCCGUGGAGGCGGUGGAGGAAGAGGACCGGGGUCUGGGGGAGAGCCUCCCCACCACCACCGCCUCCUCCCAAAACAGCCUGUGUGUGGGCGUCCCGCCCGGCGAGCCCUGCCCUGCCCGCUGCAGCCCUGCCCUGCCCAGCCCGCCUCCCGAGCCGGAAAAUGAAAAAUUACCAAGACUGAUUCCCAUAAAUGGUGAGGAAUCUCUGAAGAGGAGCUUUGAUCUCUUUGAAGAGAUGGACGUGAGCUACCACAGCAGGUUCUUCAGGUAUAUCGGACUCAGCGAUAACUCCAUCAAGAACGCGGAGUCGCUCUCGCCAGAGGACCGGGUUUACGAGCUGCUGAAGGUGUGGAUGGAGAAGGAGGGGAUGACGGCAGAUUUGAACACUCUUCUUGAGGCACUGCUGCACCUCAACCAGAGGCUGUCUGCAGAAAACAUCUUAGGGAAGGCCAUCAGCUGUGGUUAUUACCAAUAUGAAGAGGAAGAGUGAAGGGUGUUCGUUAUUGGAGGACAUUAAUGCAGUAUUAUUCAGGGAUGUACAUAGUUACAUACAUACUUUUUUUUUAAAGGUCCAAAAUGACUUGAAAGAAUGCUGUGUUCUAUUUUAACUCAUUUGGAUGAAAGAUGGCUAUCUGUGUUGUUUGAGCAGUUUAGCUCUUGACCAGCGUCUACAACCAUGAUCAACCUGACUAAGCUAGAACACCUGUAUCACCAUGCCGGUUGAUCACCGUGACCAACAUGUUAAAGCUAGGUGACCCGCCUGACCACCAUGAACAAGCUGGUUGACCGUUAUGAACAAGCUGGUAGACUGUUAUGACCAAGUUGACUGACCACCAUGACCACUGACCAAGCUGUUUGACCACCAUGACCAACAUGCCAAAGUUGGAUGACCAACAGGACCAACAUGAUCAAGUUGCUUGACCAACCUUCACAAGCUAGUUGACCACAUUGAACAACAUGCUCAUGCUAGGUGACCACCCUGACCAACAUGACCUAUUUGAUUGACCACCCUGACCAACAUGCCAAAGCUAGGUGGCCAUCAUAACCAACAUGCCCAAGCUGCGUGGCCACCAUGACCAACAUACCCAAACUGGGUGGCCUCCAUGACCAAGACGCCCAAGCUGGGUGGCCACCAUGACUUACAUGACCAAGCUAGGUGACCACCCUGACCAACAGGCCCAAGCUGACCUCCUUGACCACCAUGACCAAGAUGCCCAACCUUUCUGACCAUCCUGACCAAGAUGACUAAAGCUAGCUGGUUGACGACCAUGACCAACAUGAUCAAGCUAGGUGACCAACGUGAUAAAAAAUUGACCAACAUAAAAAAUCUUGUUAAUUAACAUGACCAACGUGACCAAGCUAGCUGACCUCCUUAACCAACAUGCCCAAGCAAGGUGACCACCAUGAAAAAGCUGGUUGACCUUCAUGACCAACAUGAUCAAGCUGGCUGACAGCAGUAGUAUUAUCACAGCCAGUUUUUGGAGUGCCUACCCACGUGUUAUUUCCGCCGUUAUAUGAAAAAAAAAUCAAUUUCAAACCACUAGAGGGCGCCUACGAGUGAGAACAAAAUGAGUGGGAGUGAAUGGAGCUAAACAGCUUAAAACUCCAAUUAAAAAGAGCAACUAGUCAGUUUUUUAGGAUGCCGCUUUGAUUUUAGAAAGAAAAUGUAUGAAUUUCCCUAAACACAGUCAGAUACAGUCAGAGCACGGAGUUUAAAAGUUGUAAAAUUGUUUCAAUGCUAGUUAAACAUGUAACAUUGUUCUAGGCUGAGGAUUAGACAUUAAUAAACUCUGAAUUUGCUCCAUUGUGCUCCAUAUAAACCAGUUCAUUUUGGAUUGGUUCAGGAUUGUUUUCUGUUGGCCUGACAAACCUAAGAAGAGACUCUUAUGUGGGUAUUUUCCUGUGCAUUAGAGAUGAACUGGUUUAAUAACCUACAGUGAAUUAUCACUCCGUUUUACUAGUGUCUUAUUAAAUCAGUCCUACACGCAGUGCUGUCCAGCUUUUAUCUGUGCACAUGAUUCCAUUACAGUGCUAACCUGUGUCGAUACUAAGCUGGGAGAUUAAAAGUGGGACAUAUUUUGGUUACAUUUGCUGUAAAACACUGGUAAAGUACUGUCCGGUCAGUUGCGGGAACCUCUGGAGUCUUUAUAUAACUGUAUUUUCUGGGCAUGUUUUAAAAAAAUGUAAAAUUAUCAGAAUAUUUAGCACGAAAACUCAGACCCAGCUCUGCCACUUUUGUAUUUAGGAUAUAUGGAAUGCAGCAUAAUAUACAGUACCAGUCAAAAGUUUGGACACAGCUUUUCUCAAUUAAGGUUUUUUCUUUCUUUUUAUGAUUUUUUUACAUUGUAAAUUUAAUAUUGUAGACUAUAUUAAAGCUCUACAGGAACACAUGCUGAAUUAUUUAGUAAAUAAAAUGUGUUAAACAAACUAGAGUGUUUUAUAUACUUUAGAUUCUUCUAAGUAGCACAUAGGAUCUUCACACUUUUGGUAUUUUAAUCUCAGUGUCUUCAUGAGGAAAAGUCACUAGGAAUAGUUUACUCAGAGUCUUGAAGGAGUUUCUGGAGGUGCUGAACAAUAGUUGCUGCUUUUCCUUCAUGCUGUGAAGUGUCCCGUAACUGUGUUUUUUGUCUUAAACAUGAAUCUCCAAAGUAGAAAGAAUAGUAAAAAAAAAAAUAGAUA